CGCCUGGGACUACCUUACUCAUGUAGUUUGGGUUUGAACCAGAUGGUGGUGUGAAUGUGCCCCUGGAGAAUCUGCAUGCACUGAACAAGUCCCCGGAAGUCGACUGGGAACGAAGCGAUCCGGCUUUUGGCGGGGGUGCUGUUGGGCUAUUGGAAGUGUUUCACCAGCUUCACUGUCUUAAUACGCUACAAAAAUGGACCUAUAUUGAAUGGUAUGAAGAUCAGCUCCCGCCAGAGCUGGACGGUCCAGAAUAUCUACAAAGAAUGCAACUAAAUCGUUGUAUUGAGAUGCUUCGGAUGUCUCUCAUGUGCACGGCCGACGUGACUUCUAUCCUGGCGUGGGAGGAUCCUGAAGUGCCGCUAGGGAGGCGGGCGGACUUUGGCACCUUUCAUCGAUGCCGCAACUUUUACAAAAUUGAGGAUUGGAUGUCUAGACACAAAGUCAAGGAUUGAUUAAAAAUAGUUUGAGCAUAGAGCGAAAAGCUUAUAAUUUGCUACUUCUCUUGAGUUGUAAUGGUCUAUUCUGUAGAUAACCCUUAUCACGUCAACCAGCCACCUUACGCUGCAUUUGCAAAAUGGGUGAAUGGUCACGGGAGCCACCCACCCAGGUUGGGUAUCAGUAUAGGUCCUUAAACUUUCUCAAUAGCAAAUUCACAGCCCACCGUGGGAAUGGAUAGUAUGCAAUCUUCCCAGGGCAAGGUGCGC